AUGCUGCUUAAGGUGCCCCACAGAGCCUUAGGCGGCAGCAGCUGCCGCCUUUUGCUUCCGCUGUCACUUCAUCUGCCAGCUGCUGCUGCUGCUGCUGCUGCCGCAGCAGCAGCAGCAGCGCCUGCUCCUGCAAGCAAAGUGACAGCUAGCUGCCCUGCUGCAGCAGCAGCAGCAGCAGUGCGUGCUGCUCCUGCGGCCGUCUCCGCGCGUCGCUGCAGCAGCAGCUCCGCCUAUCUUUCCUUCACAGCAGCAACAGCAGCAGCAGCAGCACAGCAGCAGCAGCAGCAGCAGCGGCUUUACUGGGCCAAGAGCGAGCGGCAGCUAACUUACGACCCGCAGCAAAUCGCCAGCUGGAGAGAAGCAUUUCCUUCCCUUGAGGAAUUCAGCGAUGAAGAUUUGCUCGAGUGGCGACGAGUUUUCGACCUUUUCGAUAAAGAUGCAGACGGAAGGAUCUCAAGAGCAGACUUACAGAAAAGAGCAGAAUUUUCUCUCGACAAAAUCCAAAAAAUCGAAAAGUAUGACAAGGACAAGAACAACUUGAUAGACUUUGGAGAAUUUCUUGACAAGGAGAUUUUGAAGGAAGGCUUUGAGGGUUUCAGCGGCGUCGACGUGCAGCUGGAAUUUGAGAAAUUCGCGACGACGGACGCGCAGGGCAACAAAAGCAUAAAGUUGAAUGAAAUUGAAAAACUUUUGAAAAGCAACAAAUUCACUUGUGUGACUUCUAGAGAUUGCAAAAAGCUGUUGCGGGAAAUAGACCGGAACCGAGACGGGCAAAUAGACCUCAAGGACUUCCAGGAGAUUGCAAAAAGCUGUUGCGGGAAAUAG